AUGGACCCACCUAUAGCUCGUCCGUCGCGUGGACCGCCGCUCCGCGCCUCGCUUCGUUCGCUUUGUCUUGGACGCCUGUCCUGGUGUGCCUCUGCGUCAGCGCCGUCCUCCCGCGGUUGCCUCCGCUGUGGCCUCGUUUUCAGCCUGUUCACCGUUCUGGCCUUUUCCUCGGUCGCCUCCGCGGGAAACGUUAUUCGAAAGAUGACGUUUGAGAGCUGCGACUCCCGCAACCAGAAAGUGAUUGUGACCGUCAAUCCGGGGGACUCUCUGUUCAUUAGGUGCGCAGGAGCCGUCAGCUCCGUGCCCUCGGACAUCAAUGGGUCGUGCUGUCACGACACCGGGGCGCGGUGCACUGAAGAUACGAAGAAGACGUAUCAGGAAACGUUUCCGACUGCGCCGGCAGAGUUUGUCUUUUCGUACGGCGACGGCAUCAACACUGCCUGGCAGCUGAAAAUCCCGGAAGGCGCCAAGCCGCCGUACCCCUCGUUCAGCGUCGGUUGGCAAGGCCCGCGAACUUCCGUCGUCAACAGCGCCGUCCGAACAGCCCCCCAGACGACCGUCGUGAUUCGUGUCGAGGGAGAAAUGGAAUCGGAGAUCCUCGUCUCCAUCACCUCCACGAUUUCCCGGUCUUCUGGGUCGGCCUCCGCGCUCGGCAGGAAACUGCACGAGGUCGUCCGCUGCAGUGCAACAGCCAUGUUGGGUAUCCUGGCGACAUACUGGAUGGUCGGCUAG